AGCAGGCUGCGCCGCAGGUAGUGCAAGUGCGACCAAAUGUCGACGAGAAGGAAAAGGCUAAAAGGGACAGAGAGAAAAGGAGAAAGUCUGAGAGCAGAUCGAAGCGCAGUAAAAGUAGAGAACGUGAUCGGGAUCGCGACAGGUACGUACACGUUGAUCUGGAGUGA